AUGUCGCACUAUUCACCGCUUGGUGCUACCUAUGGGGUUCGUAUUAAUCAAUUCCUGGAAACUCCAGAAGACUUUGACAAAUAUCAUGCAAAGCUGAACCGGAAAUUGCAAAAGUUGAGGCAUCAUUGUCGGUUAACGACGAAGGACACCAAAAAGUACUCCUCAAAGGAGAAGUAUUCCAAGAUUGGGCAUGAAGAAUACGACACCAAAAGUAAAUUGUUUGGGACGAUUGUUCUGCUACACGCAGAAAGGGACCUUGCUCUCGUUGAAGCUUUGAAAUUGAAGGCGAGACAAAGAGGAUCGCUCAAAAGCAGUGAAAGAAAAGUAACGGCAACCAGAUUGAAGAAAGCGCAUACGACUUCCCAAAGGCUACUGGAAAUCACUCAAAAUGAGUCGAAUUGGGCUACGCGUUUAGAGUAUCUAGUUUACGAUAAGCUUUGUCAAGUCGAGUAUCUCGUUUUUGGCAAGCAAGUCAAGCGCAAGAAUUCUUCAGUAAUAGCGAAAGAUUUGGCCCUAGCAUUUGCUGCACUUCAGCAUCUCCAGCAGCUCGAAAAGCUAGACAAAGAUGUUUCCGAAGCCAUUACAUCAAAGUUUGAAUAUCUUCUCAGACAGCACGCAGAUGCUGCUUUAUUCACGACUAAAGAGCUACAGGUUUUUAUCAAAGGGCAAGUACAAGCAAAUACUAUUGAUCCACUGGUUAAAGUUUUGAUCGACAAUGGAUUUGACUCUCAAAAUAAUGAUGUUGAAAUGGAGAGCGAGGCUACAGCUGCCAGACAGGUUCAAUGGCGCUCUUUCACUGCAAAAAUCAAGGACUCGAAAGUCGCUGAAGUCAUUUCAGAGGCUUCUAAGAUUCAACCUAAAGAAUUGUCGGACUACAGCACUCAGCUUGCAAAAUGGCAAGAAGCGCUUAAUGCUCAAAGAAGUUUCAUCGAGAAAUCGCAAGAAGAUGAACAAGAUGAGGAUCAUGGAGAGGAUGACCAAAUCCUAUUGACCUACAUUCAAUACAGUUCUUACUUCACUACGGUUGAGCGUGAUGACCAGAUCUUCCAGCAAUUGUGGAAACAGUGGACUUCAGCAAAGGGUUCAAUAGUUGGCAAGCUCACGAAAUAUAAGGAAAUUGAGCGUAUUGUCAGCAAUAUAGUAACAUAUUUGGGGCAAAUAAUGGAGCUUCCCGGUGUUUAUUCUGACGACGAGCUACUGAGCACUCUGAAGAUAGCCGUGGCUUAUUAUCAACUACAUCUGACGGCAGGAUGUUUGGCAUCCCUGUAUCAGGCCAAGAAUAAAUAUCUGGAAUCAUUGGCAUUGUAUGUUGAUGCUCACAAGAGGCUAGAUAGCUGCCUUCAGGAAAGUGGCAUCGAGGCUUCGUUACCUGGGAAUAUCAUAACUCCAGAGAAAAUAAAGACACUGGGGGACAUGAUUAUCGCCGGUUCAAACAGUGUUAUCGCUCUUGCUGAAUUCGAAAAGGUUACUUCAUGCAAUUCUAGCAAGAAAUAUUUCCCUACGUUACUUGAGCUUUUGGGCAAGCCAGUCGGUCCUCAGGAUGUGGAUAUUAAGAAUCUCUUCCCAAUGAGGCCACGCAUUAUGCCCGUUUCAGCAAAGCCUAACCUAUUUGAUCUUGCCUUUAACUAUAUCACAUACGUUGAUCAACCUCAAGGUACUCCACAGCCCGUCGAGCAUUUAUCUGAAGAGCCCGCCCAAUCACAAACAGAAAUACCCAAGAAGAAGGGUAUUUUUGGCCUAUUUGGUCGUUAG